AUGGAGGUUUUAAUUAAAUUACCAUAUAUUAACAACAAUAAUAGUAAAAUUUUAAAUAUUAAAUUAAAUAGAGAAGAAGUAUUAUGCGAAGAAUAUCUAAAAUUAAAAAUAUUUGAAAAAACAUUUAUACCAGUAGCCUAUCAAUAUUUAAAACUAAUUUCAUCAAGCGAAUUUAAAGUUUACGAUUUAUUAUUAAGAGUCAAUGGUGGUAAAGGUGGUUUUGGUUCAUUAUUAAAAUCUACAGGUACAAGAGUUGGUCAAAAGAAAACUACAAAUUUCGAUGCAUGCAGGGAUUUAAGUGGUAGAAGAUUAAGACAUGUUAAUAAUGAAAAAAAACUUAAAGAAUGGAUGGAAGAUGAAGAAAGUAGAAAACUAGCUUUGGCUGAAUUAAAAAAGAAUUUAGAUAACGCAAAUGAAAUUCUUGGCAUAGGUAAAAGUAAAGAGGAGUUCAAUGAUACCCAAUUUCAAAAAGAUCAUGAAGAUUUGCAAAAAAAAGUUUCAAAUUCUGUAGAACAAGGUUUAAAAGAACUAAAGAAACAAAAAGAAUUAGAAAAAGAAUUAAGCAAUACAACUACCACUACCAAAACUACAACAACUACAACAACAGCUGCAGUAUUUAAUAACAAUAGUAAAAAACCAACCAUUUCAAAAAUUAAUAACAAUAAAAAACCAAUUUCUGUAUUCAUUCCAGAUUUCAGCGAUGAAGAAGAUGAAGAGGAAGAGGAAGAAAAUAAUGAAAACAAUAAAGAAAACGAACAAAAAGAAAUUAAUAAAAAGAAAUCAACUCCAAUCAAAGUUUCAAAAACUAAAUAA